AUGGUAACAAAAUGUUUGAGUAAGGCGUUAACCAAAAGACCAACCAUUGAUUCUGAGUCUGACUGCUGCGCCACGAUCGAGAAGUUGAAUGAAAACUGUAAGCAUACAGAAUUGGGAUCAUUCAGUAACAACUAUGUUCACAAACAUUGCUCUAGGAACAAUGCUCCUACUUCGGCUUAG